CGCGGGCACAACUUUCUUAAAGGGACCGGUGGCUCGGGUCCGCAGCCACCUGGGGCCCAGACUCUUCCAGGUCCGAAUCCUUUGGGGGAGAGACGAGGCCUCACGGGUCGCUCGACCCGCCCCCCUCCUGGACCCCCGGGACAGGGACCGAGUGCAAGUGUUAAUGCACCCAGCGUCCUCCUGCGACUUAAUUCCUCUGGCCCACAUCACCCUCCCCCUGCUCCUGAACGCACGCUCGCGGGCACGCCGUAGCUGCCACGGUCGGCAAAGUUGGAAGAGGGGUGUCCCGGAGCGUGCAAGGCUCGUUGCUGCCGGGAAACGCCCGCUGCGAUCCCCUUGACCCUGCCCUGUCACUGACCCUUGGGGAAAAGCCCCCCGCACGACUACUGCGCAUGCUCUGAGCUGGACAGCUCCAGAGAGGGAAAUUUAAAAACGGUUGGAGCAGAGACGGCGGCCAAAUUGUGGAACGCUAGGGGCGAGCGCGAGGGAGCCCCCUCCGGAACCCCCGCCCGCCCCCGGAGCACCGGCCUAGGCAGCCCCGCGAGAUCAGCUCCAGGAGAUGAUAGAAAGUGACAUCUCAUCCAUAAUGUCAGGAAUUGUUCGAAACUCAGGGCCAAAUCACUACCCAGCUCCACAGGAAUACAGGCUCCUGCCUUCCACCAGUGAUGAUGACCUCCCCGGGGACCUGCAGUCGCUGUCGUGGCUCACAGCUGUGGACGUGCCUCGGCUGCAGCAGAUGGCCAGUGGCCGCAUGAACCCUGGAAGCUGUGGCAUGCCACGUCCACACCCAGGUGCCCUGGCUGGGACAGCUGGCCUGCAUGUAGGAACGGCCCCAGGGCCCCUGCUCCACAGCCCAGCUGGCAUGGCCCCCCGAGGCAUGCUGGGUCAGGGCCUCAUGACUAGCCACGGGGCCAGGCAGAUGAGCCAGUUUCUGGUCAGGGGCCAGCCAUCAUCCAGCCUGCAGGAUGCACCACAGCUCUACUCCCCUGCCAUCCAAGCACAGUUCCCACUGCCCCCUGGGGUCCAACAGUGUCCUUCCAUGGGUCUCUACAGCUCCUCGUUUGGGGCACGGCCUCCCUAUCCCCAGGCCCACACGGCAGUGCAUUCGUCUCAGGACCCGCAUCCCAAACACUACCCCAAGCCCAUCUAUUCCUACAGCUGUCUGAUAGCCAUGGCCCUGAAGAACAGCAAGACAGGAAGCCUGCCUGUGAGCGAGAUCUACAGCUUUAUGAAGGAGCACUUCCCUUACUUCAAGACGGCUCCGGACGGUUGGAAGAACUCCGUGAGGCACAACCUGUCCCUGAACAAGUGCUUUGAAAAGGUGGAGAACAAGAUGAGCGGCUCCUCCCGAAAGGGCUGCCUCUGGGCCUUAAACCUGGCCCGCAUUGAUAAAAUGGAGGAAGAGAUGCACAAGUGGAAGAGGAAGGACCUGGCCGCCAUUCACAGGAGCAUGGCCAAUCCGGAGGAGCUGGACAAGCUGAUCUCGGACCGGCCAGAAAGCUGCCGGCGCCCUGGCAAACCAGGGGAGCCCGAGGCCCCUAUGCUGACUCAUGGCACCUCAGUGGCCAUGGCCCACAGCUGCCUGCCUGUCUCCCAGCUCCCACCACAGGCCCUGAUGACCCUGUCCCUGCAGUCCGUCCCCCUGCACCACCAGGCCCAGCCCCAGGCACAUCUGACCCCAGACUCCCCGGCGCCAGCCCAGACUCCACCUCUGCAUGCCCUGCCAGACAUGAGCUGCAGCCCGGUCUCCCAGCCCGUGCUGAGCAGGGCGCCCAUGGACUUCAUCAACAUCAGCACUGACAUGAGCACUGAGGUGGAUGCCCUGGACCCCAGCAUCAUGGACUUUGCUCUACAGGGGAACCUCUGGGAAGAGAUGAAGGACGAGGGCUUCAGCCUGGACACGCUGGGGGCCUUUGGAGACUCCCCCCUCGGCUGCGAUCUGGGGGCCUCGGGCCUGACCCCUGUCUCUGGCAGCAGCGAGCAGCCCUUCCCGGAUGUGCAGCUGUGCAAAGGAUUCCACGCUGGUCAUGUUCUCCUGCAGCUCCAGCAGCGGCAGCAAUGGGUGUCGGAGAGUCAUCAUGAGCUCCUGCACCCACUCUUUCAGCUGCAGCGGGGACCACAGCAUUGGCCUAUGGGUGUGGGCGGCUCUGCCACCACCUUGGGCGACCUGUGAAACUCAACCAGCUCAACCCACCCAGGCCCUGGGUGCCAGAAGACUCACUGCCCACAUACCUCCCCUACCACGACCCUUCAGCUCCAGUUCACAAAGCAGGCGAGGCUUCCCUUAUAGGACCAGCCGUGUCCUCUUGCCUCCUCUCUGGGUUGUCUGCUGUCACCAGCAAGUCCCUGCCUCUACCCUCCAAUUAAAAGGCCCCGAAGGCCAAGCUUGA